AUGAAGGCGGAGUACGAUGCUGUUAUCAACGAUGGUGUAACUCUUACUCUAAAGCUGACGUCAUUCUGGAAAGAAGUACGCAAAUUGGACUUCUAUUGGAAAAUAACAGGAAGUAUAUGGCAGAAGAGAAAAAUGAGUUUUGAAAGUGCGAGAAAAGCCACAAGGAAAAUGAAUCGCCAUUCCGUCAUUCUACACGGCAAGAAACGGACACGUCGUACCUACCUCCAACGUAGGGCAGAGGAUUUGACAGUUUUGAUCUACGAUUGUGUUGAUUUUGUCGCCAAAGGCAAGGUACCUAACGGACAUAUUUUAUACUAA